AUGCACAGACGGAAAGAGCUUCUUUUUAUCCUAAGUAUUGAUUACGUUUUACUUUCGAUAGUUUUAACACAAUAUUUGGAAGAACGUGAUCCCGACAACUGGUCUUACGCUGAAUUUUUAAACCUAAACCGCGACGCAAUCAUCAAGUUACCUCCAUUUAACGCCAAAUGGACUUCUCUCGAUGGUACUUGGCAUAGGCGAUUCCUUCAAGAAGCGCGUAAACGGGAUCCUGCGUCAGUCAAUAUACUAAAGGAAAGGAUUAAAUCCGAACAAAAUAUGAAGUAUUACUGGGAAAAGAUGAUCAUUGAACAGAAGGAGCUGUCGGUAAAACGUACACACAUCUCCGGUAGUCUUGACCUUCUAAACGAUGCUGGGGAUUAUAAUACGCAGAGGUUACGCGAUCAAGGGUUUAAUGAAGACGAGGAAGGAAAAUCUUCUGGAAAGGCUCUUAGAAAGAGGAAGAAUGUUUGUUAUACUGAAGAAACGGAGACGGAUUCGGAUUACUCCGAUUACUCUGGUUAUGAAUGGAAGCCAAAUAAAAAAUCAUACCAUAUCGAAAAGAGUGUUAAUCAAACUGAAUUUGAUAUCGAGAAGUUCGAAGAAUUGUACCUUGCAAUGGAUCCAAAUUAUAUGUGGACACUCGAAAGCGGCCGUAAGGUGGAAACGGUCAUUUACGAAUUCGCUAAAAGUCUACGUGAAGAAUCAUAUCUUCAUUCCUUUAUAAUCAACGAUGCUGAUGUUGACACAAAAUCAUUGUUUUCACGUGAUGAAUGGGAGGAAAUCAAAAAUUUUGAAGUAAUUGAUAGACCAAAGCUUGAUCCUUGUCACAAAGAGUUAUUGAAAAAAUAUACUGUCGAUAAUAUGAAAAAAUUAAGAUCGCUUCUUUUUGAAUCUUUUACGCCUGACGGCAAAGAAUACGAUCGAGACGUUCAUUUCGAUUUGGAUUAUAUCAACAGUGCUUAUCGUGGAAUUUUAUAUAUAUGGGAAAUGGACGAAGAUCCUUUUGAUGCUUCAAAGCUAGAAGGGUGGUUCCAGAUGAACGUAUGGAGCCGAAUUAUAGAUCCAGCCUUUUGUAAUUUAAUUGACGUAAUUCGCGGGGAAGGGAUGAGUAUAGCCUCAAGCGAAAGAAAGAACGUUCAAAGAAAAAUACAUGACCGUAAAAAAAUUGGUAAGAAAGGUGACGGUGUAUUUAGGUUACGCAAGGAUCAUUGGGAGUUCGGCGCAAUAGAAGCCGGCCGUAAGUGGGAGGGUCUAAAAGGAACGAAAUACAUGACAGACUCAUUAAAAUUAUGCAAGAUGCUAAAGGACAUGCUUGACAAGUUAUUUGUAGAAUGUGAAAUGAAAAAAAAUAUUGUAGAAAAACUAAAAGUAAUAGGAAUCCUUCACGGUGCAAAUAGGAUACAAGUCAUAACUGUAGAUCAUCCUAAAGGAUAUGUCACGCGAAUUAAUCGUAAUAAGAUCCAAGAGGUCGCCGGUCGUUUAACGAACUCAAAACCACUUGCCUUGGUACUGAAAGAAAUUUUAUAUGCAAAAUCUGUUAUAGUUUCAACAUUGGAUGUAUUUAAUAAAAGAAAUUAUAUCAAUAUCGAAACCUUUCUUGAUGAUGAUGAUGGAUACCACAUACCUGAAGUCAUUACUACCACUAAGACAUUCACAACUCCACAUAAUGCACGCACAAAGGACAUAACUAAUGAAAUUAAAGAUAAAUAG